AUGACUAAAUCUACUAAAAAAGAUAUUCUUUUUAAUUAUGGUUCCUUGUUCAUCCUACUUAUAUCUGUUGUGUAAUUGGUUAUUAUGAGACUUUAAAAUAAAUAGAAAGGGUUAAGAUUGAAGAAUUUGGAUCAACCAUAAAAGCUUAUGGAUAAAGUUAAGGUUUAUUUUAAAUUUUAGAUAUAGAUUUCUUGCAAAAAAGGAAUUUAUGAAUUGGAAUCAAAGCCACAAUUAUGGAAGAAUAAAAUUAGGAUUGAAUGA